AUGCUUGCUGUGAUCGAUAAUCAAUACGGGAGCGAAACUUACUUCCUUACGUUCCCGAACUCACCGAGGCCGUCGACUGAUAUCAUACCAGCGUCAUCCACAGAGAAACUCGCGGACGAAUCCGGGCGUGGAGUUCCGAGGGAUUCGGAAAAUAAGGAGGAAAUUCUAGAGUCGAUCGAGACUCCGACAGAGGCUGAAAGCGGUUCUCCAGAGCUCAUAGCAACCGGUGAUCGUCCGCAGGGACCGAAUUCGGACGCAGGCUCCGACAUUCGAGAAAAACCGGUGAAUCUUCCGCCCAUUUUUGAAAUCUGCGAGAUUCCAGUCGAAGUUGGGUGCACCGAACACGCUUGCGGCGAGCGCCUACAGAGCUCUCCGACUCGUAUACUCUCGGUCAGUCACCAGCAGCCAUCGAGGAAGGCUCCGGAACAAGCAGGAGUCCCGCGGCAGCGAGCAAAUCGGUACACGUCCGAGCGAGCAGUUCGAGGUUCAUCAAGAGGGAGGAACUGUAUUUAUAGGGUGUCCGCGAGCGGUUCACUGGAGGAAAUGCGUCACAGGAGCCGGGGAGACGUGUCGCCUACCUCGCGUAGAAAGGAUCGAGAUGAAGUUUGGGGGAGCUGUGGAGAAGAUAUUCACGCCGAUGUCAUGUACCUCGGAAGGAGCGACGAGUUUGCAGACCCAUCAACGAAGCGGACUUACAGGAUCCGACCACGCCAUAAAACUCUGGAGUCUCGAGAUUUGGGCGAGGCUUCUUCCUCCGCGGGAUGCCUUCUGAAAGUCUUCAAAAUCCUUGGUUUAUUCCUCCUGGCGAUUGUCAUAUCUGCCGUGUGGGUUCUCAUUGAAGACUAUCUCCUUUGAAGCCUUUCUUUCUCGGACUUCACCAGCCCCAAUGCUCUUGUCAAACUCGUCUUAUAAAAUUCUAUAGGAAGGUUGCUGUCAUGUAUUGGAUGUUUCGAUGAUUUUUCCGAGCCGCAAAGUGAUCUACAAAUCGGUGUUGGAGCUCGAUCCAGAUCUGUAAGAGAAUUCUGUUGUGCCUGUCGCUGUAAUGCAGCCGCAUCAUCGUAGCAAAUACGCCCUGUGACGUGUAUGAGACGAUUGGGGCUCCACUCGGAGGGAGGCUCUCGCUCAUUCAUGUUUGAAUUGUUGAAAUAAAAAUGGCUCGCCCUUUAUGCUACGAUCAGUGGUCGAUGCCUCGCAUAU